AUGGCUACCUUAAUGCAACAACAACCAACUAUGAGAACUACAGCAUUAGAAACAAUACCACAAAAACGUUUUCCUCUUGUACAUGUUCUAACAUCAAAGACGGAGAGUGAUGAAAUCAAGUCACAUCUAAUCGAUCGACGUAUUCGUUUAUGUCAAAAAUUAUGUCGACAUUAUCAAAAUGGAUUCGCUGUCAAGGAUUUACAUUAUCUUAUGAAAAUUUUUAAUAUACUCGGAGAACUUUGUCAACAACAACCAAAUUAUAUUGAUGUAUUUAUUCAAAUCUUACAAAAUUCUUCAAAACCAUUUCUAUUAGAUAAAUCAACAGAUGGAGAAAUUUAUUCAUCAGCACUUGUUGCUUUUUAUUCAGAUUUUGGAUAUCUUCUUCGUAUAUCAAUAAAACGUAUUCAAAAAUGUAUACUUGAAACACUUUUAAAAUCAAUUCAAUCAUCAAAUAAAUCACCAAUACCUUCAAAUGAUUAUGAUAGCUUAAAACCAACUACAGUUGAUUAUAUUCAUCGUAUUCAGCGUAAUAGUGAUCUUUGUGAAACACUUGUUAAAACACUUUCGCUUGUAGAAAAUGAUUUAUCACUUCGUAUUCUUAUUAUAAAAUUAUUACAAAAGUUAUCAUCAAAAUCACCUGAAUGUAUAGCAAAAAUGUUAACACAUGAUUGUGUCAAUCGUUUAAUAUCAAGAAUAAAUGAUAAUGAUUCAUCUGGAGAACUUGUAUUUCGUACAAUUGAAUUACUUUGGAAUUUAUUUGAACAUGGGGAUGAAGAACAAAUAAGUGAACAACUUAAUUCUCGUGUUACUAUAAGUCUUUUACAAGAAGCAUUUCUUGGUCAAGUAACACAAAGUCAUAGUCAAUAUCAUCGUCAAUUAAGAAAUGAUAUUCUUGUCGUUUGUUCUCUCAUUAUUAGUCUUAAACCAGAUGCUCCAUUUGUUGAAACUGGUUUUGCUAAACAAUUACUUCUUUUUGCUUCAUAUCCGGAAUUACGAAGUAAUAAUCCAUUGGUAAAAAAUUUUAAAUUAACAACAUCACAAGAAGAUUUUGAAUUAAAAAAAUUACUUUUCAAUACAGCUGUUGUACUUAGUCGAAAUCCUGCGAUAAAUGAAUUAAUGAUUGAUAGUCGAGUAUUACUUGCUUUUUUAUCUUAUAUUGAACCAUUACCACGAAAAAUUCAACCGGGAAAUGUAUUUGAAUGGACAUUAGCACAAACAGAAGAUCUUCAAUUACAUGCUAUUGCAGCUCUUUCAGUUCUGCUACCACGAUCAUUGAAUGAAUAUUUUGAAUAUCAUGUUGGAACGAGACUUCUGUUGUUUUAUGAAUGGACAAUCAAUGAUGAUGAAUAUCAAAGUCAAGGGAAUAGUUUUUUUGGAAAAGGUGGUCGAAAUAAUAAACGAUCACAAUUAAAAUAUAUUUUUCGAUUAUUUCGUAGUCUUUUAUCAACAAGAGAUGAACGUGUACAAAUUGAUUUAUGUGAUCAAGGAAUUAUACCAUCGAUUACUGGAUAUUUAAGACGCGUAGGACAACAAAAAUCAAUUCAUAUAGAUUAUGUUGAUUUGGAUAUUAUCUGUGAUGGAUUAUUUAUUUUAAGUUGUUUAUGCGAAUUAGAUGUUCAUAGAAAAGAAAUCUUUGGUUCUGAAGGUAUUGAAAUGUUAAUUCAAUUACUUGUGAUUGAAUCUCAAUAUGUUUGUGGUGGUCUUGGUUAUCAUCGUUUGCUUGUCGCAGCUAUCGAUUGUGUAUGGUGUUGUGUUGUUGGUAGUGUUAUUAAUGAAGAUGAAUUUAUUCAAAAACAGGGCGUCUUUGCUUUACUUGAUUUAAUUGAAACAAAUCCAAAAUCUUUACAAAAUAUUAUUCUUGGUUGUGUAUUAGAUUUAACAGAAAAUACAAAAUGUCUUCAUUUCAUCAUGACAUGGCAAGGACAUAAACAACAACAAUUUACCCAUCUUCUUUGUGAAUUAUGGCGUGAUGAAGAACAUGAAAUUCAUGUUUCUCGAACAGAAAAAGGUGUCAUAAAUGAUCAUACAAAACCAUUAAUGGGUGUUCUUCAACAAUCAGUUCAAAUAACACCACUUGCACGUUUUGAACCAUCACGAUCAGUUUUAGAUUUAAUUGAUAAUAUGCGAUCAAAAAUGUAUGGAUUUUUUUGUAAAUUAGGUUUUAGUGAAUUACCUGGUUUACAUGAAGAAGAUUUUGUAACAUUAUGUAUUAUUGAAAAUUUUCUUGAUUUUAAAAUGGGUGAAAUAUGGCAAGAAAUUGUUACUGAACUUGAUAUGGAAGGUGUCAAAUUAGUUGCACCUGAUGGUGAAGCUGUAGAUACAAUUUUACGAGCAACAGAAGAACGUGGCUUAGCUGUUGCUGCAACACAAAAUUAUAUCUUAGAGCAAUAUCAUAAACAAGAUUUACAAUUCGAAAAAGCAUUUUAUGAUGAUUUAGUACGAAAUCAUACAUAUAAAGAAAAACGACUUGAACAAUGGAAAUCAUAUCUUGCGCGAACAUCAAAGUAUCCAUUACUUAUGGCAGCAAAAGACUAUCAAAAUCAAGCUAUACGACACUCUCGACCAGAAGAAAAAGAUUAUUCAGGUUAUCAUACUGUACACAAUUUAGAAAUUCCAAAUCUAUCAAUUACAGCAUUUACUGGUCCAUUCUUACAAAUUGAGAGUACACCUGUGGAAUUACUUAAUAAACAUCGUCAAAUGGAAUUAACUUCAUAA